AUGGCACCAAGAGAAGAUUCCCCAUAUACGACACUUGGUAUUUCCUCAACUUCAGAUGAUGUCGAGAUUAAGAAAGCAUAUCGUAAACUUGCAUUAAAAUGGCAUCCCGACAAGCACACAGACGACAAAUCGAAGGAAGAAGCCGAACAAAAAUUCAAAAAGAUUGCUCAAGCCUACGAAAUUUUAACCGAUAAAAAGAAACGCGCCGACCUCGACCGAACAGAGAAUCCGGGACUUCAUCGUCGUCGUAGUACACCUGGAUACAGAAUGCACAGUCACGAUAUGUUCCGUUCGCCAUUCGAUAUUUUUCGCGAGUUCUUCGGAAACCGGGAUCCAUUCGAGAACGUAUUUUUCGACGACGCUUUCACAUUUCCCGAUGUCGACUCAUACGCAUUCAAGAAUCCACCACGGUCAGCGGAUUUCACGACGAAACAUCAUUACCAUCGAUUCCCGUCAAGCAGAGUUCACAUUUUCUACGAUGAGAACAAAAAUAAGGAGAGAGAUGACAAAAACUCAUUCUCGACCGUAAUCAGAUUUUCGAGUCCAACAGAACCAGGAAAGAACGCGACAGUACGAAAAACUUCAACAUCGACAAAAGUGGUUGAUGGAAAGAAAAUUGUAACGAAAACUGUAGAAAAUGGAGAUGAACAUAUUGUUGAAGUUCAUGAAGACGGAGAAUUGAAAUGCCGAACAGUAACAACUCCACCAACAUCCCCAACAACAGUAACAGUUGCAGCAUAA